UGUUACAGGAACCUGUAAUAGUGAUAAAAUGUCAACAUUCAUGUAAAUAAAUAAAUGUUUUAAACAAUUUAAAUAAGUUUUAAUAGUGCACCAAAGCGCGUUUUUACUUCCAUGGGACUGAUAAUUACUGUCGCUGCCAACGCAAACCACCAUGGCCAAAAUGGGUUAUAGUUGCCACAACACUGACCCCAAUUCGGACCCAAACAACCAAGAAGGCCCCAUCAGAUGCAUUUUCUUCUGUGAAUUUCACCCCACAGCGGGUCCCAUAAUAUCAUGUCAAGAACCUGAGCAGUACAUUUCGAAGGAACUUUUCGAUAGUAUUAGCGUCUACAUUAUCACUAAAGCCGAGUUACAGAGGAGCACAAUCACAGUUACCUUGUCAGAUUACAAAAUCCUGGGAUUUCCUGUACGCAUCGAUGACAAAAAAUACCCCAGAAAUGCGUACCAUUUCAACUUGUGCCUGGUGUGUGAUAGUAACGUAAGAACGGUUCACUAUGAACCCGUCGUAAUGAAACUAUCGGAUUAUUUAAUGGCCACAGAGAUCGAAAGCAGUUUUUUGUCAGAUGGUGGCGCCGCCACUAAACUCGCCCCCAUUCUCAAACAAGUCAUCCAGGAGCUGAAUACCAAAGGCGAGUGCGCUUUAACCGAAGGCCCCACAGCCACUCAUUUAAAGGUGGUUCACAUCAGAAGCGACCCAUCGCCCGUAGCCGACCACCAAGUCCCCGUUUUCAUAAAACAACUACCCAACCAACAAUGGGACUUGACCACCCAGCAAGUGGCCCCCUACAUCGACGGUUUUAAUCACGUGGCACGCAUUGCGUUGCUGUCAGACGUCGAAAAUAAUUUAGUCAAGGCCUGUGUCCAGAAUUUGGUUUAUUACGGGGUGGUGGCUCUGGUGCCGCUGUUCCAAUACGGGAAUGUUUAUUGUACGACGCCGCUACUCAAAGCGUUGGCGCACGACGUCAAUUUACAAGUAAACAAGUGUUUGAAGUAUGUGGCGGUUUCGCAGAGGCAGUUGCCGAAUUUUAGGGACGUGUUCAGGAUGUUUGCCGCCAUGACGAGGGGCACCACGAUUCGGGAUUUAUGUUUGAGGUUUAACCCCUCGAAUCUACGGGUUAAUGAGAGGAAGUUGGUACAGUUUGGGGUGCUCGAGGGGUUGAUCAGGAGGGUGCAUAAGUAUCCGAUUUUGUUGAGCGAGAGUGCGGAUUUGCAGAAGUCGCUGUCGGGGGCUGCCAAUUUGGACGAGAUUUGCUGCGCGACGGGGGUGACGGCGCAGCAGUUGGAGGAUCAGCUGGAGAGGGACCACAAUGUUGUCUUACUGUGGAAAUAAGUGGUAGUUAAUAAAUAGCAGUUGUCUUAUUUUGUGUUUCACUUGAAUGAAUCGUUACUGGUUUGUUGUGGUACGCCACUGGUUGAUCGAUAUCUCCUUGUCAAAAUCGACGACAGCGCCAUCUGUUCAUGACGUACGUACUCGUCAUGUUAAAGAGUCGCAAAUUGACAGGUUGGCCGCGAAAAAAAAUAGCCCGUGCGAAAGAAAUUAUCGAGGCAGUGCACCAAAGACCGUUCCUGUAUGACCAGUCUUUGACCGCAGCGAGAAGACAGUGUCAAAAAUAUGGCAAAACUACGAUGGAGAAAUGGAUGGAGGUCGCCAUGAUUGUUUAUGGUCGAAAUGAUGUCGCAACAGUGGAUACAGUAAGAAGCCAGUGGAAAACCAUCCGGGAUGGGUUUGUCAAGUACAUGCGUAAACGCAGUCUUCAAAUAGAUCUUAAACCCCACUGCUACGAAGAAGAGCUGCAAUUUCUUAUACCCCAUAUCUGUAAAAGAGAUAUGCGGAGAAAAAACGGCGCAAAUAGUAUUAAUAUAAUAGUUUAUGAAUGCGAGACGAGUACCAACCAGGACGAGUCUGUAAACGAAGAGGAAGAACUGCAGCUUGAGGAAGUCAUAGGCGAAGAAGAUGUGGAAGAUGUGGAAAUCGAACAAGACGUCCAAUCAAUAGAGUCAUUUUUCGAAGGGGUUAUUCAGACUGUGAGGAAAUUCAAACCGUCAACCAUCGACAGACUGAAGCAAACAGUGGCGAAUCUUGUGAUGGACGCCGAAAUCGAAGAAAUGGAAGAAAACAUGGAGCUUUAACUUAAAACAUUCUAUUAUUUUGUAUGAUUUUGUAUUUGACAUUAAGCUUAUAGCAUUGUUGAAAUAAAUAAUUUAAACGAG